UGAAAAAUGGACAAAAUCAAUCCAACGCUUGACUGCUUAGUCAUUGCAUCAAAGGGCAGCCUGGAAACAAGAGUACAAAGUCAAAUGCAGACUGAAGAAACCACAUCUAUGAGUAUUGAUCCAGAACUCCAUAAUACAGACUGCAGAUCUCCAACUGGACCAGUUCAGCAAACCUCUGCAGAAGAUGUGGACAUAUUGGAAAAACUGGGAGAUCUUACUACAACAGAACAUGGGCCAGUGAAAAUGGCCCAAGAAUUUCUAAAUCACAAUAAGAGGUCAGUUUUACAGUAUGAAGCUCAAGUGAAAAGCACAUUAAGAAAUCAAUUGACUAAUGUAUUGCCAAAUCAACUCCCACAAGAAGAUAGCUUCUUUACAAACAGAGAAAAGAACCAUGAAAAUAGUGAACUGAGCAUCUGUGGUUCACAGGUGUUCCAAGAAGACUUGGAAAACACAAAAUGUUUGUGCAAAAAUACAGUUUCAACCUCUAAUAAAAUUAGACCUUUGGUCAAACAACGUGGUGGAACAAAUACAGAAAUUGAAAGUCAAGCGCAGAAAAUUCUGCUUUGUUUCAACUCUGGAAAAAAUAUAUUACAAGAGAUGAUUUGUGUUUAUAACAAGCUAGAAUCAAGUUGCACAGAUACUGCAUUGACAAAUCUUUGGAAGCAUCUUGAUGGACAAAAGCAUCAUCAAUCAUCGCUCCCAGAUGAAACACUACUGGAUCCAGUAAAUCUAAGGAAAUCAACUUCAUUAAAUCCAUCCACCAGGAAUAAGAAAAGGGUUAAAAAUAUGCCCAAUCUUAAAGUUAUCAGUGAAACACAAGGUUCACAACUGGAGCCAAAUAUCAGUAAAACUGAAGCAGCCCUGGAUUCUUCACAAGAUACAAAAACUAAUGUUCAGCAAAUGUUAGAAAAACAAGUGCCAACAGAUUUGGAGAGUAGCAGAAACAGCAUUGGCAAGGUUUCUUUAGCACAAUCGAGCACCAGCAUUGUAAGGUCACCUGUACCUGUGCGACUUCUUCCAAUAGAGGGUGAACAAGUCACUGAUAAACAAAAUGAAUGUGGUAUCUCUGAUAGUACAGCUAUAACAUCACAUUCAAAACAAAACUCCUCUUAUUCUUUUUCACCACCUGAAUCAAGCAUGAGGACAGAAAGAUUGAAUGCACAUUCCUUAGCAGAGUUUAACAGACAAAACUCUGUAAGUGAAUACACAAGCAUCUCUGCAUCCAUCAACCAAACCUCCUCCAAUAAGGAUGUGAAUCCUAAGCAAACUCAAAGUCAUAAGCCACUAUGCUUAGAAAUUCAUCCUAGUACAUGUACAGACUGUGUCAGUGCUGGUACAAAAAUCAAGCACGAAGACCUUCUAGAUGAAGAAGUGGCCAAAAAUUUGUGUGCAAUGGAUGUCACUUACAAUAUAACAUUAGAAGGUAAAGGAGAAUGUACAUCAGUUGGAUCAGAUAAAUAUAUAUACAAAUGUGAAGAACUUGAUAUUGCAAAAACAAGCUUAACAAAUAAAUUAACAGAUGUUAAUUAUGGCAAAGAUGAUAUUGUACUGUUGGAUGUAACUCUGUGUAGAGAGCCCACUUUACAGAUGAACAAAUCAUUGCCUUGUGCUAAAGAGAAUAUGAGUGCCAAUGUUCUCAAGUCUGCAAAUGUGGGUCCGAAUGAAACCAAAAAUUUACAGAAUGAAUACAAAACCAAAAUAUCUGCUAAUGAGGCUCUUGCAUCCGAACAAGAGGUGAAACAAGUUGAUACUCUAUUUCAAGGAGACAAACUGAGAGAAAGUAUAAUCCCUGGAGGAAUUCCUCUAAAGUUAGCGGAAUUUGGACAAUGUGUAUCAAUGCCAAAACAGAUUGUUGGAACAAAAUAUACCUCUUCUGUGAAAAAAGAAAAGAUAGCUCUUAAGGAUAAAAAAACAAAGUACAAUACUGUUGAAAAUAUCACAAUGGCAAAACAAAUGCCCACUAAAACCCUACAAAUUUCAAAAUGUACUUCUGUUAAAAUGAAAGAUGCCAAUUUUGAAGUGCCUCACAAUGCCAACUCCAGCUUCAGCAUUUUAUCACGAAAAGAAAAAGAAGUGAAAAGGAAAAUGAACAAGAUGAAUUGCAUCAAUCAAUGGAAUAACUCCACUCCAGAAAGAAACAAAUCUAGUUCCAAAUCAUUGCAGUGCCUCCCCAUUUCAACACAAAGUUGGUUGAGGAAAGAUACACUUAUGCCUUCAACUGCUUGUUUUCUACAAUGUAAAAAAACUCCUGGAUUCCCUUCACUGGAUAAUUCUCAUCUACACCAAGUUUCAUCAAAAGUACCAACUAAACUGCAAGGAGGAACCUUAAAAAAUGGGUCAACCUCUAAUGAAAAAUCUUAUUCAUCUGGUAACAGAAAUAUAAAUAGUCUUAACAAAUCACCAAUUCCGCAGGUUCCAAGAUUAAAUUCCACAAGUGAUUUCUCAGCAUUAAAGUACAGUGAUAUGUUUCAGGAAAUAAAUCCAAUUGAUAAAGGCCCAGGAAUUUAUGAAAUGUUUAGUAGCCCAUUGUAUCGUGCAAUGCGGAAGUCCACAACAUGUGCAACUACUCAUCAAACUGUUCAUUCUGUGCCACAGAGAAGAGGACUGACAUAUGGUUCAGUGUCUUCUCAUCAGUUACCAGGUUAUGAGGUUCACCUAGAUGGCCAGUAUUUGUCAACUAUUAUAGAAGACUCAUUUGAAAAAACAUCAGUCAAAUCUGUCACUUCAGAGAGUCAUGAUAAUAUACACAAUAAAUCAUCUGCUGCCAGUGUUGAUGGAGGAAAUCUGGGAGAUUAUGCAACUGAUCACCAUAUGUCAUCAAUGCUCCCAAAAAUCAUAGUUACAGAUAACUGUGAUAUUGACUUAUUUGAGUUAGAACAGUAUCUGAAUAAAAAAAAUGAAGCUGAUAUAAAAUCAGCCAAAAGAACAGAUUUUGUAGGGACUAAUGUAUCACAAGACCCUACAGCAGUUCUGUCUAAUGGAAUUAAUCAGGAUGUUGUAGUUGAUGAAGCAGAAACUACUUUCUUGUGUCCUGAAGACCAGGAUAACAUCAGUUCCUAUGGAGCAAAAGCCACUUCACAUCCAAAUGCUAAUCAAACAAGUUUUCCAGUUCAACCAUUGAUUAAUACAUGGACUGUGGAACAGAUGAACCCAGCAUUUCAGUUUAAAUGUGGUAAGGAGGACAGCAUCGCAGAUGGACGACUUAAUUGUCUGACAUCAGCGUUAUUAUUAGAAGAAAAGAAUACUUACGAUAGCAAAAUACAAGUGGCCACACAUGUCCAACAAAAGGAAUGUUAUGGUAAUAAAGACAAUGAGUCUGAAAAUACAAAUGAGAAAAUGAUAAAUGAAAAAUCUUUCCAGAGUGCUGAAUAUACAGUUACAAAACUAUCAAAGACUUCUAGCAGACCUAGCAGUUCACUUUGUAAUACCAUAAGGUCUGAGUGCAGCUCCAAUUGUGAGGAUGUCAUUAUAUGGACUAAAGGCAAUGUGCUUGGGAAAGGAGCCUAUGGCACAGUAUAUUGUGGUCUAACCAGUCAAGGUCAAUUAAUCGCUGUUAAACAGGUUGUCUUGGAUGCAACAAAUCAAACCAUAGCAGAAAAGGAAUAUCAGAAACUGGAAGAGGAAAUCGAGCUACUUAAAGAUUUAAAGCAUGUCAACAUUGUGCAUUUCCUAGGUACAAACCUAGAGGCCAAUGUUGUCAGCAUUUUCAUGGAGUUUGUUCCUGGUGGAUCCAUAGCUGGUAUUAUAAGUUGUUUUGGGCCAUUAUCAGAGCCUGUUUUUUGUGGAUAUACGAAACAAGUUUUAAAAGGAGUGGACUAUUUACAUGAUAACAAAGUAAUUCACAGAGAUAUAAAAGGAAACAAUGUCAUGCUUAUGCCUAAUGGUGUGAUAAAGCUCAUUGAUUUUGGAUGUGCCAAACGCAUGACUUGUGUGAAUAUGAAUGAGACACAUGGUGAAAUGUUAAAAUCAAUGCAUGGAACUCCUUAUUGGAUGGCACCUGAAGUGAUUAAUGAGACUGGACAUGGCAAAAAAUCUGAUAUUUGGAGUAUUGGCUGCACAGUAUUUGAAAUGGCUUCUGGGAAACCACCUUUGGCACAUAUGGACAAAAUGGCAGCCAUGUUUUACAUUGGAGCACAUCGAGGGCUGAUGCCCAACCUUCCUGAUCAGUUUUCAGAGAAUGCUCAAGAUUUUGUACAGAUUUGUCUGACAAGGGACCAACACAAGCGUCCUUCAGCAAAACAGCUACUGCAGCAUGCAUUCAUCAUAAAGAAACAAAAGAAGCAGCCAUUCCAGGAAAGUAAAAUUGUGGUCAAAGCAGAAUCACAAGUAACGAUUGUUUCAAAGAACAGAUCACUGGGCAUCACAGAACUUUAA